AUGAAUCCACCAACGGCGAUUGAACCCACCAGCAACAGUUUAAAAGAAGCACUUUGUGCUCAACAACGCCUCCUCCAAAAACUUUACAAUGAAUUGGAUGUUGAAAGAGAAGCUGCUGCUACCGCAGCCAGUGAAGCAUUAUCCAUGAUACUUCGUCUUCAAGGAGAAAAAGCCGCUGUAAAAAUGGAAGCCGAACAAUACAAAAGGUUAGCAGAGGAGAAAAUGAAUCAUGCCGAGGAAUCUUUCCAGGUAUUUGAAGAAAUUAUGUACCAUAAAGAAAUGGAAAUCGCUUCUUUAGAUUACCAAGUUCAAGCCUAUCGUUACAAGCUAGUAAGCUUAGGAAUCGAUGAUCUUGGAGCCAACGAAUUCAAAUUCCCUGAGAAUUUAUUACAACGAAAUGAAACCCUAGUUGGGGAAACAAGCUCAGAUGUUCAUGCUAUCACCAAAAAGAACACUCCACCUCCAAAACGUUUAAAGUUAUCAAAUUUGAAGAAGGGUACUGCUACUCUUAAAAGGGAUAGAUCGAUACAAGACGAUUCUGAUACGAUUGCAAAAAUAGUGGAAGAAAGUUCACGUGAACGUGAAGAUGAAAAUAAUCAAGGUUUUGAAUUUGGUUUGAAGACCGAAGGUUCUACAUCUGUUGAUAUCAAUUCGUAUUUGGAACAAAUACGAAAACUAGAUAAAUUAGUAGAAGAAAUGGCGGGAGAGCAGAACUUUUGUUCAUUUGCUAAAACUUCAAGAUCUUCAUCAGUUCGCUCUAAACUUAACGAAUUGGAUCGAACGCAAAGUGCAAUGAAUUUCCAAAAGUGGACAGAUGAAAAACUAUCUUCCAAUACAUGUUCGACAAGUGUCCAUGAUGUCUUUGAAGUUCCUCAGAUUAAGGGAUAUGAAAAACCAUAUGAGAAAGACGAAGAGAAAUCGAUUAAAGAUGAUGAAAAAAGGAAAAAGCCUUUACUUCCGAAACAUAAAGACAAAAAGGUGUUUUUGCCUGGAGAUGGUAUUAAUGUUGACUGUCAUAUGGCGCUAUUUCGGCAUGCCACGUGUGCUGCUGAGAUUGCUGAGAUAGCUGAGGCGGCUGAGGCUGAAACUGAAAAUGAAACCGUAGAGCAAAAUGUAAGACAAGAGGGACAAGAAUUGAGAUUGUUGUAUGAGAUUCGUGACAAAUUAAAUUCAAUACAAUCGGAUAUUAGAAGCAAAGACACAAAAGUCAACAAGUCUUCUCCAAAUUGCGACUUACCCAUGCUUCAACUUAGAGAGGCAAUGAUGCAUUUCUGGUUUUGACCAAUUUCCUCAAGCUCAACGAAUGGCUACUUACAACAUAAUUUACCAAGUAAGAGAAUACUUGUUGUUUACUACAACUUUUGACAUGUCAUGAAAUCGGUAUCUUCGCCAACUAGACACAAAAGUCAAGGAACCUCCCGUGUUGACAUCUUUAACACAAGGAUUGUAAGUUGUUCUAGUGACUUGUAUACAAUUAUAGUGAUGUAUUUAGUAUAAGU